UGUACUGUUAUUGAAGGAAAAUGAUGGAAGAGAGUGGAAUAGAGACGACACCACCUGGGACUCCUCCACCAAAUCCUGCUGAGCUGGCUGCUCCCGCUAUGUCUUCCACACCAGUUCCUUUAGCUGCAACCAGUUCAUUUUCUUCUCCAGAUGUAUCCUCUCUGCAGUCCGUGCCACCCCACGCAUACUCUACCCCUCAGCCACCCUUUCCUCCUGUGGCUCCUUCAACGCCAUUACCUUUUGUGCCGCCUUCACCGGUUCCUUCUGCUGCACCACUUGUUACGUCCGUACCACCUCUUGGUUCUCUGUCAUCGGCUGCUGGCCUCAGUAGUCCUCCUUUAUCCCACUUCCCACCUUCAACUUCAGCCCCAACCUCUCUUUUAUCUGCUCCCUCUUCAAGUCCUCCUACAUCAGGAUUUUCUGUUGGUUCAACUUAUGACAUUACAAGAGGUCAUGCAGGAAGAGCCCCCCAGACACCCCUGAUGCCAUCAUUUUCUGCACCUGCAGUAACAGGUAUUUUGCCAACUCCUAUUACUCAGCAAGCCAGCUUGACAUCUCUUGCACCAGGAACUGAAGCCCCAUCAGCCAUUACUUUUCCAGAGGAACAAGAAGACCCUAGAAUUGAUAGAGGUCAGGAAGAAGUAUCUGCUGGUGGAAUCUGGGGCUUUAUUAAGGGUGUGGCUGGGAAUCCUAUGGUGAAAUCUGUGCUUGAUAAAACCAAACAUUCGGUAGAAAGCAUGAUUACAACGCUGGAUCCUGGCAUGGCUCCAUAUAUCAAAUCAGGAGGUGAAUUGGAUAUCGUAGUGACCUCAAAUAAGGAGGUGAAAGUCGCUGCUGUCCGAGAUGCCUUCCAGGAGGUCUUUGGUUUAGCUGUUGUGGUAGGUGAAGCUGGACAGUCCAACAUUGCACCACAACCAGUGGGCUAUGCAGCUGGAUUAAAGGGAGCCCAGGAACGAAUAGAUAGCUUACGUCGAUCUGGAGUGAUUCAUGAAAAACAAACUGCUGUGUCAGUAGAAAACUUCAUUGCAGAAUUGUUACCUGACAAAUGGUUUGACAUUGGCUGUUUGAUAGUUGAAGAUCCUGUCCAUGGUGUUCACCUUGAAACGUUUACACAAGCCACACCGGUGCCUUUGGAAUUUGUACAACAGGCUCAAAGUCUAACUCCCCAGGACUACAAUUUAAGGUGGUCAGGCCUUUUGGUCACAGUGGGCGAAGUCCUGGAAAAGAGUUUAGUAAAUGUCAGCCGGACUGAUUGGCACAUGGCUUUUACUGGCAUGUCUCGUCGACAGAUGAUCUACAGUGCAGCCAAAGCGAUAGCAGGCAUGUAUAAGCAGCGCCUACCACCUAGGACCAUGUGAGAGAAGACUGAAACUUUUCCUCUCUUAGCUUGAUGCAAAAGAAGAUUUUGUAUCAUCUAUAACUUGAAUAGCUUCAAUGAAUCUAGCAGUUUUUAUAAUUUUCCUAUAGGCUACUGUCUUUCAUUUUUUAUAAGGGCAUGGUGUCAUUCCAGCAGCUGCAAAGAAACAGGUCCUUUUUAAGAUCUAUAUAUCAUAGUUCUCAAAAA